UCUAGGUACUGAUGAGCUUUUUCAGCCUCCUCUGGGGAAAGACAGUAGCUGUGGGUUGGGUUGGACAUUUGGGUUGGGCCUUAGGCCUCUCGGACAACUUAUAGUCUGCUGCCUUCCAAGACUUCCGUGUUUCAAAGCCGCCAACCAGCAUGUCUAUAGCCUAGCCACGUAAUUCCUUUCUUAAUCCUUUAUGGUCAUCCUACCAGCUCAAGAACACAGUUACUUCACUUAUUUUUGUAAUUGCAGAUUUAUAUUGUCUUGCUUGAUACAUAAUCUUAAAUUGACAAAGGUAGAUUUGUUAUGGGUGUAAUAGCCUACUUGUUAAGAAUGAAAACCUGGAAGAAAGCUAAUAUUGUAAAGUAAACUACAUACAUUCUAAGCCCUUUACAAACAAGGUUAUUUGUGAGGAUUAUAAGGGAUCAUGAAAUUAGGUAGGAUUAUUUCCAUUUUACAGAUGGGGAAGCUCAGGUUCAGAGGUGGAAGCUUGCCCAAGACCACAUAGUUCUAAUAUUGGGCAGAGCUAAGAUUCAGACUCCAGUGUGCCUACCUGGAGGACUGGAGAGCCCUUUCUAACAUAUAUUGGUGGGGGGCAGUGGGGAGCAGGGUGCAUAAGCAAAGAUGAGGGGCUUUUCAAAAGUCCACUUAAAAAGUCAGUGAUAGAAUCAGGUUUAGGUAUCAUGAGUUUGGUAAUACAAAUGACUGGCUGUGCCAAAAAACACAGAAUAUCACAUUUUCUGCUCUACCAGAAGCACAGGAUUCUACAACCACAAGCAUGGAUUAGGUGGUUUUAGUGCACACUCUGGAUAAUACAGAUUAUUUCAAAUUCUGGUGUAAGUCUAGGAUAUAGGGAAUUUAUAGAGAUUUUAAAACCCUAUCAAUGUACCAACUUAAUUCUCUGGGUUUUAUAUUCUGAGAACAAUUACCAGCCACCUCAAAUUUGGGGUCAUCAAAGCUUCCCCCAGGGUUGUUACUGGUUGGCUUCCACUUGCUUUGCAGAGACUUUGAAGGCAGGUCAGGCAGAAAGGAACUGACUUUCCUCAGUUUAAUCUUGGAUCUAGGGAAGAAAAAUGCUUUGAAAACCAUAGGAAUUCUGGAAAUUUAAAAGAUAUUAAUCUACCCUGGAGAGUUUGAGAUCUUUGGAGAAGCUUAAUUGGUAGAACAGAGGAGAAUGUGAUUCUGAAAAGUAUUGACCAGUGAGGGGAACUGAGGUGAAAUGGAUUAAGGUAAGGUAUUAUUUUGAGCUACUGAUUUUCUGCCAACUUAAGUGUUCACUUUGUGCCCUGGUCUUUCCUUUGCCUAAGCUGUGUAUAGACGUACUUCUGUGAGCUGAUCCUCUCCCUGAUUUCCAGAGUUUUAUCUAGCUCUUGCUUUGGAUCUCACCACGGCCCAGAUUCUCAGCAUGUCUUGGAUAAUUGCAUCAGCCUAUCUUGCUACCACAUCAAAUCCAACAUGCUCAAACUCAGCUCUGCAGUUUAGAAAGCAUUUUUUUUCUUUUUAAAAAAAGAGCCUUUGCUUCAGCAGCUUAUAUUUUUAUUAGGGUGAAGGUGUGGGUCAUGUUAUCUCCACCAAAGUGGAAGGUGAUUCAGGAGCUGGAAGGUGAAUGGGAAUGAUCCUGUAAUAAAUGUCAAAUUUAUAAAUCCUAUAAGGAGUUUUUAAAAGACCAGUAUUUUAUGUUUUUUGUUUAAUGUAGGCGUUUUUCUUGCAGGGCUGUAGGGAAGUACCCACCUAGCAAUUCCAACCUGUAGGCAAAAUUAUUUGGGCUUUAGUGCUCUAUGUACUCCUGUCAGGAUCAUCUUUGAAAAAAGAACAAAUCUAUUUAACCGUUAGGUUGAACCAUGUAAAAUUGCCAAAUGCCGAUGUUAUGCCGUUUUUUACUUAAAAACAAAACAGCAAUGUAUAGGUUCAACCUAAUAUGGACGUUCCAUUUACUACUGAAUAAGCUUCUGCGCUGGGACAUUGGGGAGAAGAUAGGCGCCGGAUGUCCAGAGUGAGUGGAGGAGAGGGCGUGGUAGCAGCUGGGAUACACCCACUUCCUGCGCAGAAACGUUCCCGCGCUGGGAGAGACCGGGACGCCGGCUCCGCUCCACCGCAAUCCAGGCCGACGCCAGUCUGGCCACGCCCCGUUUGCAGCCGCCGUAAAGCUCGGCGUCCUGGCCACGCCUCUUCCCGCGCCUCUUGUGACGCAGGCGUCCUGAGCGUUUUGCGCGGGAAAAGGAAGCAGGCCGGAGCUCUAGCCGGUGCCGCUGGAACGGGCUGUUUUGCCGGAGAGCUCCGCUUGCGCCUUACCGUUGCCGGCCAUGGGGCUGCUGGAGCUGUGCGAGGAAGUGUUCGGCACCGCCGACCUUUACCGGGUGUUGGGCGUGCGACGCGAGGCCUCAGACAGCGAGGUCCGACGCGGCUACCGCAAGGUGUCCCUGCAGGUGCACCCGGACCGGGUGGGCGAGGGCGACAAGGAGGACGCCACCCGUCGCUUCCAGAUCCUCGGGAGAGUAUAUUCCGUUCUAAGUGACAAAGAGCAGAAAGCAGUGUACGAUGAGCAGGGAACAGUGGACGAGGAUUCUGAUGUGCUCAACCAAGAUCGGGACUGGGAGACGUAUUGGAGGUUACUCUUUAAAAAGAUAUCUCUAGAAGACAUUCAAGCUUUUGAAAAGACAUACAAAGGUUCUGAAGAAGAGCUGGCUGAUAUUAAACAGGCCUAUCUGGACUUCAAGGGCGACAUGGAUCAGAUUAUGGAGUCUGUGCUGUGUGUGCAGUACACAGAGGAACCCAGAAUAAGGAACAUAAUUCAGCAAGCCAUUGAUGCUGGAGAGGUCCCAUCCUUUAACGCCUUUGUCAAAGAAUCAAAGCGAAAGAUGAAUGCAAGGAAAAGGAGGAGCAGACAAAAGGAUCGGCAAAAGGAAAUGGACAGUUUUCUGGCUCAGAUGGAAGCAAAGUACUGCAAACCUUCCAAAGGAGAAGGGAAAAAAGCUGCUCUCAAGAAAGAAAAGAAAUAAUGGAAUUUUCUCUUCAGACAUCCUGAGGUGUUAAUUGGUGCCAUUGUAGGCAAGGUAGAGUCAAGAUUUGAAGACAAAAGUCAACCCAACCCUUGAGAAAAGUUGUCUUUCCCGCCUAAAUUAUUCAGAUCGACUAUGUAAACCAAGCAAAAUCUCUCAAUCUGAUCUUAGUGGAUCCUAGAAAUGCCCUGACGUUCUGUGAGGUCCUUAUAUGAAGGACUUUGGUGGUGAUGGUUGAGGGAACAGGGGGAGGGUGGUUUACUUUCUGACAGCACUUGCUUCUAUGGAUCUUCUGUACAAGGAACUCUGUCUAGAAUGCGAGUCUGUCUACACUGCCUUUAGCAGUUGUCAUUUUGCCGCACAGAAGUGAGCUGCAGAGUAUUCGGAGUGAUGUGCGUGUUUAUUAGAACAGGUACUCUACUAGCUAGAAUGCCUUCAAAACACUUGCUAGACAUCUAUCUUCCAAAUACUUGCCAGUUUGCUUUUGGUUUGCUUUAAUAUUCUUGAGUAGACCCUUUCUCUUUGUUUCACUCAACCAGGUUUUGUACUCGUGGCUUAUAGUAUAGAAGAAACAGGUGUUCAGGUUACUUAAAGCAUCUUUGUAAGAUUUACACAUGAUUCAAUAAACAAGUAAAAAAUGACUUAAGUUCUUUUUAAAUGAUCCCAGUGAUCAUUUAAAAUAUGAUCUAGAAAAAGUACGAAUGGUGUUUAGGAAGAGAAGAGAGAAGAAAAGUAGUCCUAGUCGGCAUUAUAGUAGACAGCCUGGUUUAAGUAAAGAGAUGUUGUAGUCCUGCGUGUAACUGCUGAACGUCCUUAGGCAGGUCACUAGCUUGUCUGAAUUUGUUUAUAAAAGGGUGAGGGACUUGGGCUAAAUGUCUUCUUAGAGGCCCCUUCUGACUCUUAACUCGAACUUUGAAAGGCAAGCCAUUUGAUCCAAUGGUUUGUUAUCAUGCACUCACAGUAUUGAUCUGUGAGACUAGUACCGAGAUUUUCACUUAUACUUAGUUGAAUUGGUAUGUAUUCAUUAGAAUAUAAGCAAAUUUUUAAGGGAUUGUUCAACUUAAAAUCUCUGAUUUGUAGGCUAAUACCAUAUGCAUAAAACAAGCUUUCUGUUACUGAGUUUUAUGUAUCAUAAUUUAUCUAAGGUAAGUACAUGGCACGUUUUUUGUUUGUGAUUACAAACAGGUUAAAAAAUACUCUCUUUAAUUGUAUUAAAAAUAUCAUUUAAUGCAGAUUGUUUGAAGCAUCUGUCUUCAUAUGAUACCAUUAGAACACUAUGAUAUAAUAAAAAAAUUGCCC